AUGAGCCCCGAAAAGAAAGUAGCACCAUAUGGGACUUGGACGAGUCCCAUUACCUCCGAUAUAACGUCAGGAGGGGUACUCAGCUUCAAUCAGCUUCACGUUAAUCCAAAGACCGGCCAAAUCUACCUCAUCGAGGGCCGUCCUGAAGAAAAAGGACGAUGUGCAAUUGUUGAGGUGACAAUCACCGGUGAGAGCAUUGAUAUUCUACCUAAGAACUAUAAUGCCCGGUCCAAAGUUCAUGAGUACGGAGGUGGAGCGGCAACAUUAGGUCCAGACGGAAAGUUUGUGUUCACCGACGCAUAUACGGAUGGGGUCUUUCUUCUCUCUCCGGCCAGAGAAGUUGAAGAGAUCAUCACAGGCGACCCAAAUACGCGAUUUGCAGAUUUUAAUGUCUCGCCUGCAGAGCCACAUUGGAUUAUUGCAGUGCAAGAGUCCCAUAGCCAAGAUGGUGAUAUGCUGAAUACCAUCGUGGCGAUUAACACACUGACAAGAGCCUCAAAAAUUUUGGUUUCAGGAGCGGACUUCUACUCGCAUCCUAGGUUCAGUCCUGAUGGAAAACGAAUUUGUUGGAUGCAAUGGAUGAACCCUGAUAUGCCAUGGACGGGGAGUCAAGUUUAUGUGGCGCAUUGGAGCAAUGGAAAAGUGGAUAAUCAGAAAUAUGUUGCAGGAAAAGCGAAGAAGGAGUCAGUUUGCCAGCCGAGGUGGCACAUCGAUGGCACGUUAUUGUUUGAAAAUGAACCCACUGGGUUCUGGCAGCUGUAUCUUUAUGAUAUAAGUACGGAGAAAAUUGAGUAUAUUCAACUCAAGGGGUACGAGAACGCGGAUAUUGGUGCGAGAGAGAUUAAACUUGGGAACUCCACUUAUAUCCCAUUAAGUAAAGACAAGUUGGUCAUUGCUUAUAUCAGGAAUGGUGCGAAUGGAGUUCUCCUCUAUGAUGUUCCAACGAAAGAGAUAGUUGAGCUUCCCCUCAGUUUCGUUGAGAUCGCAUUCUGUGGUCUGAGGCGGAUGUCCGAUACCCAUUUUGCAGUAAUUGGUGCAACAACAAAAUCAGCUAGAGCGCUUUACCUGGUUGAUAUCACUAAACCCGGAGAGAAGCUGCUUUUGAAGCACUCUACACAUAUUGAUCUUCCUGCUUCGAUAUUUUCAGAGCCUCAACAGAUCAACUUCCCUCGCACACAGGGCACUGGUAGACUCUCGUCUUCUCAUGCUGUAUUUAUCCCUCCCAACAACCCCAAUUAUGAGCCCUCACCAGGAACAAAACCGCCACUCAUAGUAUCUAUUCAUGGUGGACCUACCAGUCAUGUCCCUCCGAGUCUGACUCUUGAAUCACAGUACUUUACUUCCAGAGGAUACGCGUACUGUUAUGUCAACUAUGCUGGUUCGACGGGUUAUGGUCGUGCUUACCGCGAUCAACUUGAAUACAGCUGGGGUAUCAAAGAUGUGGAAGACACCGUUUCGUGCAUUGAGUACCUCGGAGUACAAGGCCUUAUUGACCGGAACAAAGUAGGGAUCAGAGGGAUUAGCGCUGGUGGGUACACCGUUUUGCAAGGGUUGAUAAGCUACCCCGAUGUCUUUACAGCAGGAUGCAGUUUGUAUGGGGUGGCGGAUUUGAAGCUUCUCGCCAAGGAUACACACAAGUUCGAAGGGCAUUACCUGUUUGCUCUUCUGUUUCCUGAGGAUACCACUGAAGACAACAAGGAGAAGAUCUAUUAUGAUAGGAGUCCAAUUUUCCAUGCUGAUAAGAUCACCAAACCAUUAACCCUGCUGCAAGGUACUGCCGACAAGGUUGUUCCUAUGAGCCAGGCAUUGGAGAUGGAGAAGGCUAUGAAGAAGAACGGCGUUGAUGUCAAGUUGAUUGUUUUUGAGGGAGAAGGACAUGGCUGGAAAAUGAAGGAGAAUAUGAAACGAUCGAUUGAAGAAGAGGAGAACAUGUGGAAGAAGAAUCUGCUUUAA